AACCAAUGGCUAAUUCCUUCAACUUUGUGUUCCUUUGGUUGAGUUUUGCAGGCUUUUUGGCAGACCCCAUAGCGUGUAGGCUCCUUGAUCCCAUUGGUAUCCAAAAGAUCGACGGUGCAUGGCGCAAUGCUCGUGCCACCUUCUACGGUGACAUGGGGGGUGGCGAAACUAUGCAGGGAGCUUGCGGGUAUGGAAACCUACACGAUCAAGGUUAUGGGCUAGAGACGGCGGCGAUAAGCACAGCACUUUUCAACCACGGUCUAACCUGUGGAGCAUGCUUCGAGUUAAAGUGUCUGCCCGGAGGACACUAUUCGUGCAUACCAAACUCGGGGACAAUCAAAAUAACCGCCACAAACUUUUGCCCACCAAACUACACGAAAACAGAAGACAUUUGGUGCAAUCCACCCCAAGAGCACUUCGACCUUUCUCUCUACAUGUUUACUAAAAUCGCCCCUUAUCGUGCUGGUGUCAUCAAUGUUAGCUAUCGUAGGGUACUCUGCCAGAAACAAGGUGGCAUCCGGUUCCAAUUAAAUGGGAACCCAUAUUGGCUGAUCGUCCUACCCUUCAAUGUUGGAGGUGCUGGUGAUGUUGUUGGUGUUAACAUUAAAGGCUCUUCUACUGGGUGGCUUAAGAUGUCAAAGAACUGGGGCCAAAAUUGGGAGACUGGUACCGUUUUUGUGGGCCAGAGCCUGUCCUUUCAAGUCACUACCAGUGAUUUGAGAACCCUUCAAUUUGAUAAUGUCGUGCCUAGCUCUUGGCAGUUCGGCCAAACCUUUGAAGGCAAGCAUAAUUUCUAAAUCGCAUAAUUAAAGCAGAUUUAGGUUUCCUAAUUGUGACUUAAA